CACAGACAGCGGCCGUUUUCCAAACCGCGUACUAUACUACUAGUACGUACUGAUUUGACUUCUGUGAACUCACAAACCCUCUCAGCCCUGCUCUCGGGUAGGUUGUUUGUGUUCAAACAUGGAUCCACGUUCAGAUCUCACCAUCAUCCUUCUUGGAAACUCUGGAGUUGGUAAAAGUGCAUCAGGAAACACCAUCCUGGGUCCAGAGUCGUUUGAGUCAAGACGAUCAUUUGUACCAGUGACAAAAGAAAUCUCCAUAAAAACAGGAACUGUGUUUGGGAAGCAGAUCUCAGUGGUAGACACUCCGGGAAUAUUUGGAUCUGAAGAUGUGAUUAAAUCCCGCUGUCAGCGUCUCUCUGGACCUUGUUUAUUCCUGGUGGUAGUUAAAAUAGAUCGAUUCACCAUCGAGCAGAAAAACGCUGUGGAGGCAGCUGUCAGAGUCAUAGGGGAUCAACUACUCAACUCCUACCUGCUCUUCACACAAGGAGAUAUUUUGGGUAGCAUGUCCCUGGAAGAUUUCCUCAAUGAAGAUCCAAAAGGUCCACUUGUACCUCUUGCUCAAAAGUUUAAAGGAAGACAUCAUGUGUUCAUCAACAAUGAAAAUGGAGGAGCGGAACAAGUGAAGAUGCUGCUGGAGAAGUCAGGCCACCUCGCUAACCCACAGCCUGAGAAUGCUCUGCCCCAAAGGAUCGUGUUGCUCGGCCUACCAGGAGCUGGAAAAAGUUCUUCAGGAAACAACAUCCUGGGAUCAGUGAAGUUUAGAUCAGUGGGUGGCUUUAAUUCAGGCAGUACAGAGACUGUCUCUGAAUCAGCCACAGUGGAAGGACGUCAGGUCACAGUGGUGGACACUCCUGGACUCAGUGGGAGAACUCUGUCUCCCAAACAGCUUUACCUGGAGAUCAUGAGUUCAGUACAGAAGUCUGAACCAGGUCCGCACGCCUUUGUGAUUGUGGUCAGAAUCAGCAGAAUCACUGAAGUAGAAAUCCGACUGUUUGAGCUCAUUGAAAAGCUCUUUGGUAAAGAUGCUUCAAAGUAUGCAAUGGUGCUUUUCACUCAUGGGGAUGAGCUUAGGGGGGAGUCCAUCUCUGAAAUGAUCAAUGGAAACCUAUCUGUGAGAAAACUGGUCUCCAGUUGUAACAGAAGGUACUGUGUGUUUGACAACACAGCCAGAGGAAACAGGGAGCAGGUUAGAAACCUCCUGAGGAAAAUUGAUGUCAUGGUCAGAGCUAAUGGUGGAAACCACUACACCUCUGAGAUGUUCAAAAAUGCUCUUAGCAUAAAAAUGAAUAUCAAAAUAAAUUGGGAAAACCUUUGUGACUGGUUCAGGGAGCUUCUACAGAAGUUUGAUAAGACGUAUGAUAAGAUCGUUGAGGAUGCUAGGAUGGUGCUGGUUUAGUUCAGUGAGAGGCUGCAAGCUCAGAUGAUCAGAGAAACACAGAGAUAAUAUAGGCCAGUCGUUAUGUAAUUUAAGAAACAUCAGCUUGAUUCAGCAAAGAAACAGAAACCUCACAGCAUCCGACUCCAGCCUGCUGAAUCUGGAAGAGAAAAAUCAUGAAAGCUAAAUAUAGAAUACAAAGGCUUUAACCAUCAGAAGAUUAAAGAUGGUGUGACCCUUGGGAAUCUGGUUUAAAGUUGUUAAGAAAUACAAAUUGGAGAAUGAGGCAAAGAUUUUGAGUUGGAUGGCCUAGGACACUAAUUUCAAACCAGGGACUAAAGGUUUAAACAGUGGGUAAAUAGAGGCAUAACAAUAACUGAAAAGGGAGAAAUCAAAAGUUUUCUAAAACUAAGGAGAGAAUAUGACUUAGAAAACAAAGAUUUCUACAUGUACCUACAAAUCAGAGAUUAUUUCAAUAAGGAGAUAAAGCCGGAUUCCCUACAUGAAUUAAACAGAUUGAUUGUAACAUUGUGUAAUGCAUACAGACGUACAGUCAAGAGAGCAAUUUCAGUGUUGUAUCAAAAUAUGGUGAGAAAUAGAACAACUUCAACUCUGUACAUUAGAGAUAAAUGGGAAAAGGAACUAAAGAGAAAAAUAACCAAGGAAGAGUGGUAUAACAUGUGUAGGACACAGAGUAGAACGUCAAGCUCUAGAAUGUGGAGGGAAUACGGUUGGAGAAAUAUUGUGAGAUUUUUUCAUCACACCAAAACUUAAUGGAAGAUUCUCACUUGUCCCACAGCCUUGCUGGAGACAGUGUGGGGAGCAUGAUGUUGAUCAUAGAUAAUAAUAGAUGGAUAUUUCCACAGCAUUAGUUAAACUAGAUUUGAGACAGAAUGCGUUAUUAAUCCAUGUUUUUAUCAUUAUCAGGGUGAAUAUUUCAAACAUCGGAAGAAGUUUUUCAGUUUGAGUGAAUGUAAAAUAUAUCAGUGGUCAGAAGAGAAAUCUAAAACAACCAUUUAGUCUUUAUGGAUCUGAUUUAUCAUUUAUUGGAGAAUGAAAGAUUACAAAUUGAAAUGAAGCUUCUCCUGUAAAUAAAGUUUCUAUAAUGAAUGACUUACUUAUUUUUCAGUUCUUUGCUGUUUUUAAUGUGUUUCUAUAAACUGCUUUAAGUUAUAAUAUUUAAUUAUUAAUGAGUGACAUUAU